AUGUCGCGAUACCUCCGUCCCGCCUCCCGCCUCGCCCUCGCGGCCCGGCCGUGCGCCCCGCGCGCCUUCCCCCGCCUCGCCGCCAUCAGCAACACCUCUUCCAGUGCCAUCCAGAACCAGCGGAGGACAUACGCCGAGGCCAAGGGCGCCACCAAGGACUACACGGUCCGCGAGGCUCUCAACGAGGCCAUGGCCGAGGAGCUCGAGCAGAACGAGAAGGUCUUCAUCCUCGGCGAGGAGGUCGCCCAGUACAACGGCGCCUACAAGGUCACCAAGGGCCUGCUGGACCGCUUCGGCGACAAGCGCGUCAUCGACACCCCCAUCACCGAGAGCGGCUUCUGCGGUCUCGCCGUCGGUGCGGCGCUCUCGGGUCUCCACCCUGUUUGCGAGUUCAUGACCUUCAACUUCGCCAUGCAGGCCAUUGAUCAGAUUGUCAACUCGGCCGCCAAGACGCUCUACAUGUCUGGCGGCAUCCAGCCCUGCAACAUCACCUUCCGCGGCCCCAACGGCUUCGCGGCCGGCGUCGCCGCCCAGCACUCGCAGGACUACAGCGCGUGGUACGGCUCCAUCCCGGGCCUCAAGGUCGUCUCCCCCUGGUCGGCCGAGGACGCCAAGGGCCUGCUCAAGGCGGCGAUCCGGGACCCCAACCCGGUCGUGGUGCUCGAGAACGAGCUCAUGUACGGCGUGUCGUUCCCCAUGUCCGAGGCCGCGCAGAAGGACGACUUUGUCAUCCCCUUUGGCAAGGCCAAGGUCGAGCGCGCGGGCACGGACCUGACCAUUGUGUCGCUCUCGCGCACCGUGGGCCAGUGCCUCGUCGCCGCCGAGGAGCUGAGCAAGAAGUACGGCGUCGAGGCCGAGGUCAUCAACCUCCGCUCCGUCAAGCCCCUCGACGUCGAGUCCAUCGUCAAGUCGGUCAAGAAGACCGGCCGCCUCCUCUCGGUCGAGUCCGGCUUCCCGGCCUUCGGUGUCGGCGCCGAGAUCCUCGCCCUCACCAUGGAGUACGCCUUCGACUACCUCGACACGCCCGCCCAGCGCAUCACCGGCGCCGAGGUGCCCACCCCUUACGCCCAGAAGCUCGAGGAGAUGGCCUUCCCCACCGAGAAGCUGAUUGCCGACUACGCCGCCAAGAUGCUCAAGGUAUAA